CAGGAGCGAGAGGGGCGCGUCGAUAUACACACAGCCGAGCCGAGCAGAGCAGCGCUUUGGGUAUAGCAGAAGGUGCUGAAGAGUAAGAGUAAUCCGGGGCAGGCGCAGACACUCCACACACCGAGCUGAGGCUUUUUUGGCGGCGCGGGGUUUUCUUUGUGUGUGUGUGUGUGUGUGGCGAUCUUUUAAAACCAUGCUGGAUUGACCGCAGAGAAAGCAGCUGCAAUCAAUGGCGUGGCUUUGAAAUCGUUGAAAAUUUAUUGGGAAAGGAGUGUGAGACAGAGCGACAGCGGGGAGAGGGAGAGAGCGGCGAGAGAGAGGGGUGGAAAUAAAGAUCCUUUCAGCGAUGGAGCUUACAAUGGAGAACAUCGGAAAUCUGCACGGCGUGUCUCACUCUCAUCAGACAGGCGACUUAAUGAACGCCCCGCACGCGCGCCAGUCGUCGGCGUCGCAUCGGAACUUGGUGUCGCACGGGCGGUCAGCCAUGGUGUCCAGCAUGGCCUCCAUACUGGAGGGAGCAGGGGACUACCGCACGGACCACGCUCUGUCCGGGCCCCUGCACCCGGCCAUGACCAUGUCCUGCGACUCCGGGAUGAGCCUGAGCAGCACCUACACCACGCUGACGCCGCUGCAGCACCUGCCCCCCAUAUCCACGGUAUCGGAGAAAUUUCACCACCCUCACCCGCAUGCUCACCAUCACCCGGCGCACCAGCGGCUCGCGGCUGGGAACGUCAGCGGCAGCUUCACCCUGAUGAGGGACGACCGCAGUCUCGCCUCCAUGAGUAACCUCUACGGCCACUACCCCAAAGACAUGUCCGGUAUGGGUCAGCCCCUGUCCCCGCUCUCCAACGGUCUCGGGUCCUUGCACGGCUCGCAGCAGACCCUGAGCGCCUACGGUCCUGGAGCUCACCUGUCUAACGACAAGAUGCUUUCAUCGGGGGGAUUCGAGUCCCAUGCAGCAAUGCUGUCCCGGGGCGAGGAGCACCUGGCCCGAGGUCUCGGGGGCCACGGGGCCGGGCUCAUGACGUCCUUGAACGGCAUCCAUCAUCACAGCCAUCCGCACUCUCAGGCAAACGGAUCCAUGUUGUCGGACCGGGACAGGCAGACGGUGGUGGGAGGAGGCCAGGGAGCCGGGUCGGGACAGGUGGAGGAGAUAAACACCAAGGAAGUGGCACAGCGGAUAACGGCGGAGCUCAAGCGCUACAGCAUUCCGCAGGCCAUCUUCGCACAGAGGAUCUUGUGUCGGUCCCAGGGAACUCUGUCCGACCUGCUGCGGAACCCUAAACCGUGGAGUAAACUCAAAUCCGGCCGGGAGACGUUCAGGAGGAUGUGGAAGUGGCUGCAGGAGCCCGAGUUCCAGCGGAUGUCAGCGCUCAGGCUUGCAGCCUGCAAGCGCAAAGAACAGGAGCAACACAAGGACCGCAACACAGCGCCCAAGAAACAGCGUCUAGUCUUCACGGACCUGCAGCGUCGCACGCUCAUCGCCAUCUUCAAGGAGAACAAACGCCCGUCCAAGGAAAUGCAGAUCACCAUCUCCCAGCAGCUCGGCCUGGAGCUCAGCACCGUCAGCAACUUCUUCAUGAACGCACGCCGCCGCUGCGUGGACCGCUGGCACGACGACCACGGCGCCAGCCCCGGGCAGCCGGGGACCUCCACCACCACCUUCUCCAAGGCCUGAGAGGAGAAGGAGGAGGAAUAGGAGGCAUUCAAAGAGGGCUGGGGAACCAGGUUGGAGCAGCAGGCGUCACAAGGAGGUGGCUGUGAAACCUGUCUCUGAUGACCCCACCUUGACCCUGGACUGCCUGGGAAAAAAAAGCAAACAAAAAAAAAAAAAA